AUGUGGCAGUCAGUGGAAGAAUAUGAAAAAGGCCAAUCAAAUCCAGUUACUCUGCUUUUGGGCAGCCUUUUGGUCUUAACUGCCGCCGCUGCUGUUGUCAAAAUUAACGAACGCAAUGUGGUCCAAGGUUGUAAAUCGGAAAAUGAACUCUGGGGCUCGGAUGAUGGUACAAAAUUCUACUUCUGCUUGGGUGACAAUAUGGCCUUGGAACAGGAUUGUGAUCCUGGUACCUUCUUUGUGAAAAAUGCCACAGUGUCGGGUUGUGUUCCCGUCGAUUUGGUGGAUGACAAGUGUAUUUAUCACACGGAACCACCAUCCUGUAUUGGUGAAAGUGUAACACAACCUCAACCACAUGAAGACCCUACGAAAUUCUAUUUGUGCCCCGCCAGUGGUGCUGAACCCCUUGUCUUAUCGUGUACGGAUAAUAAGGCCUUCGUCAGUCAAGAUGGUUACUUGGGAUGUUUCGAUUGGACACAGUGGCGUCAAAUUCGUGGUUGUGUUAAUGAUGAGUGA